ACGGUAUAUUCCGGUACUUUUCUGAGGGUCCGACGAUAUAUGGUCGCACUGGAGAAAUUUUAGCAACGAUUGCGUUGGUUUUUGGACAAAAUUUUUGGAAUUCCACAAGGGUCCUGGCCAGAAAAUGAACGUGCUUCCGCUGCUUUGGCUGCUGUGCGGCUCAAGCCUGCUGCUGCUCGCUUCUGGAGAGCAGAAUGCCGCUAUGGCCAGCGUUGCUGCCAAUCCGCAGCCAUCUCAGAGCAACAGUUCCACGGCAGCGCCGCUGGUGAAUGUGGUGAAUGCCACAGAACACACUGCGGUCCCUGGUCAAGUGCACAUCAUUGAGAAGACACAGGUCAAGUCAACCAACUCCACGGAACUGGCCAAAGAGCACGAAAAGGAUAUGAAUAAGACGAGCACCAUUCCGCCGGACAACACAGCCAAGAACAGGAAGAGGACGGACCCGGUGCAGCUGAAGCCCACCACUGCGACGGCGGCACCUACAAGCGUAGCUUCUGCAGCCAACAAUGCAACAGUCACAAAGCCAGCAGCAGCGGCGGCGGCAGCAACAGUAAAGCCAUCCACUGGCACCAUUGUGGCUGACGGCAUCUCCAUAAAUGAUGUGAUAAAUGCCAACAACUCUACGACCAGCACGACUAGCAGCAGCAGGAGCUCUAGCAGCACCUCCACUACUCCAUCGACUACCACAACGACGACCACUACAACCACCACGACGACGACAACGCCGCGUCCCACAAAGCCACCCGUUGUUUACAGCAUGGAUACGCAUAGCGAAUGGGAGAAGGAACAAGAGGGUAAGGUAAAGUCGCCGGCGGCUCCUUCCUUAGCUGCCUCUUCGGAGCCCCUGCCCGUGCCGGCAUCCACGUUGUCCGAACCGGUGGCACCGAUGGUCCAAGAGUUAACUGGAAACCUGGCGGAUCGCGAAGGCAACGAUUACAUAGUGCCCAUUGUGACGGUGCUGCUGACGGUGCCGCUGGCCAUUGGUGUGGUUACAAUUAUGUAUCGCCGCUUCCGCGAGCUGUGGAGCACGAGGCACUACAGGCGCAUGGAUUUCCUGGUUGAUGGCAUGUAUAACGACUGACGAAGGCGCCAGGCGCCAUCGGGCAAGAGUGGCCAGUGGUCAGCGUGCUCCACCUACUCCACCACUACCACUACAUACUCCUCUUACAUACAGCAAAGAAUUUGUUAACCAAUCGAUGGGAUUGCUAAGAUUAUUAGUUGUUUAAGUUCUCAGAAUGUUUCGAUGUUUGCAUGCAAUGCAGGAGGCAAGAGAGAGAAGAUCUCCACCAGAGAGUGAGAUGAUGCACACAAACGCAAUCACAAAAAAAUAUAUACCUAAAGUCUUAGAGUACCGGGUAUAAAAAUAAAUAGGAUAUUGCUCAGUCAAUUAAAAAAAAACGCAGAACGAAGGAACGAAAAAUUGGUAGAUCAUAAAUUGUGGCUAAGAGUGGCUAAAAAAUUGAAAGUUGGACAAAUUUCGUAGCGGCCAAAAUUGGAUUUUUGUAAGCAAACUGAUUUUGAAUGCAAAAUUAGAUAUAUAUAAGCAUUAUAAUUGUAAGAGGCAUUUGGAUUUUAUGCGAAGAAUGAAGCAUUUGUUACAAAUCAGCAUAUGAUAACCAACACACACACAUACAUAUAUAUAUAUAUACCUUUAUAUUAUAUUAUAUACCUUUAUAUAACUACUUGUAUACAGCAAUCAACCAAUCAAUCUAUGAAUAGUAUAGCUGCGACCAAAUUG